CAUACAGAGUACUUAUCCUUUAGAAGAGACACACGUUUCGUGGUUGGUGGUUUCAAAAUUGGGAGACUUCAAUUUCUGAUUUCACAUAUAAACAAUCCCGCUUGCAUAACAUAUGGAUUGCAUUAUUGUUUGAACAUUAUAUUUUUUAACGGCAUAAACAAAGCAACGAAGGAUGGAUACAAGAUUAGAAAAUCAAGUCUAAUACUGUCGUUACGAGUGGUUUGAACUCGUAUAUCAACUAUAUUUGGACGAUAAACACGUUGAACGCCUUGCUCACUGAUAACAUAGAGGUCGCACUUACUGUUGAAAUCAUUUCAGUACGCGAUGACGGACUUUGGAACGUUUACUUCCCGUUUAUUUAAGUAGCUAUAAUUUAUGAAACCAAUAUCGCAGUUAUAAAUUUGGUUUUGAAGAGAACUCAGAAAGAAGAAAAGAAGUGAGUUACAGUGUGACUGAAAACGGACUUAAAGCUUUCUAUAAAGUCAGUGUAAGACGUUGCGUUUUGUGUAACGUUUGGCGUUAUGUUUGUGAUUACGAUAUAUUAUCAGAGGGAGUUAAUUGAUUGCGGUGAAAAACACUGUCAUAUUUAAGUGUGGCUCUAUAUGAUCCUUGUCCUAUAACAUUAUACAAUAUGACUUACAUAACGGAUAGCAUGAACACCGUGUAAUACCAAUUUGUAAUUUGCACUUGUGCGAGUAUUACCGGUACUAUAUUUAUAAUAGUGACAAAUGUGACUUAAUAUUACAAAGUACAAUUUAUAGCCAUAAGGAAUACCGCAUAUGAUGUGUUGUGGACAUGUGACUGUGAACGCAUUUGGAUCAAAAUCACGUUAUGUUGCCCUUAUUCUUUAUAGAAUCAGGAAGUUUUUAAGGACUGCACGGUGAUUAUUUGAAGAUUUUUUAUUUAAACAUACGAGAAGCGAAUAGUCUGCACAUACUUUAACCGUUCUGACAAGUGUUUAUGAUACCUAAUCAUUUGUGGUUGAAGACAUCGAUGGAUUUUAUUACAGGUAGAUAUUGAAUGCGUUGGGUUAAAUCAAGAAGAACUGAUAUAAAGUGACAGUUACAUAAAUGGGAUCGAUUUAAAUUUAAGACAUACAUUUGCUGUAAUCGAUUAUCAAUGUGAAACAAUGAAUGAAAUUUACACUAUAACAUUUGUUAUAGAUUUUUUUAGAUUGUUAGAUUGAUUGAUUCUGUGAACGUUUGUAAGAUUUUUUUAACACCGAGGAUAUAUUAAAAUCUAAGAAAUGGAUUCUAACGUUACGUCGGCUUCCAACGUCAGUUAUGACGUCAUCGCCAUCUUGCGGGAACGGACUCUGUCUCAGAUCGAACUGCACAUCCCGGUGCUCUGUUUCAUCGCGUUGCUGAUGCUGAUUGGAACGUUCGGGAACAUUCUAGUGAUCUGCACGUACGUGAAACGAGUGACGACGUCCUCCACUAACCUGUUCAUAUUCUGCCUGGCAAUAUUCGACCUUGUGAACUGCACGGUGGCAUUGCCUCUGCAGAUAUACAGUCUCCUAAAGCCGUUCACCAAUGAGCAUGAAUUGAUGUGUCGUUUCCAAAACUUCAUGGCUUUCGCCGCGGACAUGUCGUCUGGUUUUAUCAUCGUCUGUAUCUCCUUUGACCGCUAUCUUCGAAUAAUGCGGCCCCACCAGGGACUAAGCGUUAAAAACGCCAAAAUUGCUGUAGCUGUGACGUGUAUUAUGUCCGUCGCUAUUUCGUCUCUAGCGCUCAUAGUAUACGGACGGAGAAAGGUGAUGUUCGAUGACAUACCGGAAGUGCAUGGGCAUCAAUGUGGUGUAGCAGAUGACAAACAAGAAACUAUCAUACCAGUGCUUUUUAAUACAAUGAUUCUUGUGUGUUUUGUAAUUGCGGUUAUCAUACUUUUGAUAGUGUACACGAUGCUUGGUAUCAAGGUCAAAAGAUGGAGCCAGGUCCGGAAAUCGAAGCAGUCACAGGCCGCCCGAGCGUCGGAAUACUUCGGAGCGACCGCUAUUUCCGACAAUACGGAAAGUCCGGACUCACCGGAAGCAAAAAUGUCAGAGACGUUUAACUUUAUCCCUUCGUCACCACGCAGAAUGCUAGAUACCGACUUUGAUCCGGAAACAGAGCCGGCGUUCCGCAGACCGGCUUACGUCCGGGAGCUGUCACGUUCCUUGGACAAACACGAAUUCUUGAAACUUGACGCCGGUCACGUUGACGACGCGCUGCACGUGAACGGCAUGCAGACACUUCCUGUCCGGAAACCAAAGAAACCAGUCGCUUCCGUUGCCAGGAAACCAUCUAUGCCGAGUCUUAAUGUCAUCAAGCGGCGCAUGAAAGUGAGCAAGACCACCAUCAUGUUCAUCUCAGCGACAGUCGCGUUUGUCGCUAGUCAUCUGCCGUACGCGUGCACAAAGAUUCUCAGAACAAUAAAUCCGAUUUGGACUAAAGAUUUCUCUGACGCCGGCUACUCUAUGUUCUUAUUUCUAGAAUAUUCGUUCGUCGUCAGUUACGCCGCGAAUCCCAUCAUUUACAGCUUUUUGAACCCAAAAUAUAGACGCGAGUGCAAAUCUCUGCUUCAAGACAUUUCUAAAACCAUCAAGUGUCAUUCUGAGAAAUUUUACUUUCGGUAAAACACCCGUGAAUGCGGCUUCUGUAAAACGACUGCAUACUAUUUGCAUAAUUGAAAAGUUGACAACAGACAGUAAUGACACAGACACAUGUUUGUUUUGUGUUUACGUGUAGAUAGUUUAGUCACGCGAGAGAAAUAAGAAUUUCUCGAUGCAACAGUUGCUUCUUAAUAUCUGUAAUUGUUGUCUGUUGAGCAAUUUUGAUGGCAAUUUACGCUCUCUGUGCUCGAAGUUCAAAUGAGUGUUCAAAACACACGCAUCUUUUCAAGAUAUUAAUAUUUAUUCGUGCAUUUAUAUUUAUUUUUGAAAAUAUUUAAUUAUUAACAAUGGUUAUGUGUAUAACACAAAGUUAUAUGUUUAACACAAAAGUAUUUCAUAAUAUCACAAAGAUUUUUUUAUUUAUUCAAUUCGCUUCAUGCGUUUGUCUUUAAAAAAUGUUUUUCUUUAUUCUGUUUUUAUUAUUAUCAUAAUAAUAAUUAUAAUAACUAUUAUUAUUAUUAUUAUCAUUAUUACUACUACUACUACUACUACUACUACUAUUAUAAUUAUUUUUAUCUUUAUUUUUCAUUAUCAUCAUCAUUAUAAUUAUUAUUAUAAAUAUUAUUAUUAUUAUGUAUUAUUAUUAUUUAUUAGUAUCAUAUUCAUCAUCAGCAAAAGCAGCAGCAAUAUCAUCAUCAUCAUCAUCAUCAUCAUCAUCAUCAUCAUCAUCAUCAUCAUCAUCAUCAUCAUCAUCAUCAUCAUCAUCAUCAUCAUCAUCAUCAUCAUCAUCAUCGUCAUCAUCGUCAUCAUCAUCAUCACCAUGAUCACCACCACAACCUCCCCCUCCUCCUCAACAUCAUCACCACCACCAUCAUCAUCAUCAUCAUCAUCAUCAUCAUCAUCAUCAUCAUCAUCAUCAUCAUCAUCAUCAUCAUCAUCAUCAUCAUCAUCAUCAUCAUCAUCAUCAUCAACAUCAUCAUCAUAAUCAUCAUCACCACCACCACCACCACCACCACCUUCCCCCUCCUCCUCAACAUCAUCACCACCAUCAUCAUCAUCAUCAUCAUCAUCAUCAAGUGCCAAUACACUCUCAGUAUUAUUACAGUUCUCAAUGUGUGUAUUUCAUUUUUGUUUCUCUUGUAACGCGUCCAAACAUAACGCAUUUGUGUUGAUUUAUUCAAAUAUCCAUGCAUUCGAAGCAAUCGAUUAUAACAUUGAAUUUAUGUCAUUAAAUUGGAGUACUCCA